AGGGCCCGAGAUAAGACUUUCCCAGAGCAGCAGCUAGCACUCAGUUGCAGAUUCAAGAGUUGUGUGGAUGCCUUUAAAGUUAUCUACUUAACGCCCAGAUGUGAGUUUUUGAUAAAAAUCCCCAGAAGAGACGCAGAGCUGGAGGAAGAAGAGGAGGAAAUGGCAGCUUCUCAGAGACGGCUGACAUUCCAGGAUGUGACCAUAGACUUCACUCAAGAGGAGUGGGAAUGCCUGGACCUCGGUCAGCGGGACUUGUACAGGGAUGUGAUGUUAGAGACCUACGGAAACCUGGCCUCCUUGGGUCUUGUGGUCUCUAAGCCGGACCUGGUCACCUUUCUGGAGCAAAUGAAGAAUCCCUGGGAUGUAAGGAGAACGGACACAACAGCCUCAUACCCAGGAUGGAAUACUUUCAAAGGUACAGAAUGUGACAAAGCGUUUAAUCAGAGUUCAAAACUUAGUCAACAUCAGCGAAUCCAUAUUGGCCAGAAGCCUUAUAAAUGUAAGGAUUGUGGCAAAGGCUUUAUUCAACACAGAGAUCUUACUUGCCAUCAGAGAAUUCACACUGGAGAGAAACCUUAUAAUUGUCUAGAAUGUGGAAAAGCUUUCAGUCAAUAUGCAACUCUUAGUAAACACCAGCGAAUUCAUACUGGAGAGAAGCCUUAUAAAUGUAAGGAUUGUGGCAAAGACUUUAGCCAGGCCUCAGGCCUUAUCUACCAUCAGAGAGCUCAUACUGGAGAGAAGCCUUAUAAAUGUAAGGAUUGUGGCAAAGGCUUUAGCCAGCUCUCAGGUCUUACUUGCCAUCAGAGAAUUCACACUGGAGAGAAACCAUAUACAUGUCAAGAAUGUGGAAAAGCUUUCAGUCAACAGGCAAAUUGUAAUAAACACCAGCGAAUUCAUACUGGAGAAAAGGGUUAUAAAUGUAAGGAUUGUGGCAAAGACUUUAGGCAGGGCUCAGGCCUUAUGUACCAUCAGAGAGCUCAUACUGGAGAGAAGCCUUAUAAAUGUAAGGAGUGUGGCAAAGGCUUUAGCCGGCACUCAGGUCUUACUUGCCAUCAGAGAGUUCAUACUGGAGAGAAGCCUUAUAAAUGUAAGGAUUGUGGCAAAGGCUUUAGCCGGAACUCAGGUCUUACUUGCCAUCAGAGAGUUCAUACUGGAGAGAAGCCUUAUAAAUGUAAGGAUUGUGGCAAAGGCUUUAGCCAGCUCUCAGGUCUUAUUUGCCAUCAGAGGGUUCAUACUGGAGAGAAGCCUUAUAAAUGUAAGGAUUGUGGCAAAGGCUUUAGCCAGCUCUCAGGUCUCAUUUGCCAUCAGAGAGUUCAUACUGGAGAGAAGCCUUAUAAAUGUAAGGAUUGUGGCAAGGGCUUUAGCCGGAACUCAGGUCUUAUUUGCCAUCAGAGGGUUCAUACUGGAGAGAAGCCUUAUAAAUGUAAGGAUUGUGGCAAAGGCUUUAGCUGGCACUCAGGUCUUACUUGCCAUCAGAAAAUUCACACUGGAGAGAAACCUUAUAAAUGGCACGAAUGUGGAAGAGCUUUCAGUCAAUACGCAACUCUUAUUAAACACCAGCAAAUUCAUAGUGACGAGAAGCCUUAUAAAUGUAAAGAUUGUGGCAAAGGCUUUCUUCAACGAGGAGGUCUUACUUGCCAUGAGAGAAUUCACACUGGAGAGAAACCUUAUAAAUGUCAAGAAUGUGCAAAAGCUUUCAGUCAAUACGCAACUCUUACUCAACACCAGCGAAUUCAUACUGGAGAGAAGCCUUAUAAAUGUAAGGAUUGUGGCAAAGACUUUAGCCGGCACUCAGGCCUUAUGUACCAUCAGAGAGUUCAUACUGGAGAGAAGCCUUAUAAAUGUAAGGAUUGUGGCAAAGACUUUAGCCGGCACUCAGGCCUUAUAUCCCAUCAGAGAGCUCAUACUGGAGAGAAGCCUUAUAAAUGUAAGGAUUGUGGCAAAGGCUUUAGCUGGCACUCAGGCCUUACUUGCCAUCAGAGAAUUCACACUGGAGAGAAACCUUAUAAAUGUCAAAAAUGUGGAAAAGACUUUAGUCAACACCCUGCUCUUACUCAACACCAGCGAAUUCAUACUGGAGAGAAGCCUUAUAAAUGUAAGGAUUGUGGCAAAGGCUUUAGGCACCACAAAGUUCUUACUCGCCAUCAGAGAAUUCAUACUGGAGAGAAACCUUAAUAAUAUAAAGAAUGUGGAAAAGUUUUCAGUCACUAUGCAAC